GCAUUACAACGAGUUGUUUACAGCGGAAGUGUAGUGGAAGCGUGUGUGCAGGGGAUUGUCGGGUACGUGUUUUGUAUAGUCUCGUGUCGGCCAAGAUGUGUUAAUCGCUUCUGUGUCAACAUCUCUGCGCAAACGGUGUUUACGUGUUCUAAAAGGCCACAAACCCUGAGAUGCUGACCGCCUACAGCAGCAGUAGUUCAGAGGAGGAGAGUGAGGCAGCAGCAGCAGCAGGAGCAGACUCUCACUCUCUAAGCGCCGCCGCCGUCUCCUUUAAACGCCAUGAGGAAGAUGUUUGCAACAGUCCAGCAAGGAAGAAGCCCAAAAUCCAGGAGCAGGCUCUUCACAUGAGGUAUAAUGCUGCCGUUUUUAUCCUUCAUGAGAGAAACAGUAAAUGCUGUCACACUAUUUACAACGCUUCUGUUUGACAACUGUUAUCAGUCAAUUAAUCAUUAUUAUAAAGCCAAAUCACGGCAAAAAAUAUUUCAGGACUUUUUGCUUUCCGUAUUUUCAUGUUUUACUCUAGAGUCACUGCAGAAAGAUAUUUAUAUUAACCUUAUUCACUUUUGGGGCAGCGUUUCAAGCAGAUUGCCUCUUCCUGGCUGCCUGUUGGCCAUGUUCCCCGAUGAAAUGGACUCUAAGUCGGAGGAAAGUGCUCUUCAUGGUGGACGCAUCCGCUCCUUUAAGCAUGAACAGGGCAACUGGGCCACUUAUGUUUAUUUACCAUGUAAGACAACACAACACACUUUAGAUGCAACUUACACUUCUAUGUAUUAUUUAUGUGAAUUUCUAAAAUAACAGACUCUUCAACCUUGUUUGUUUUUUGUUUUACUUGUUUCUGUCUUGUCCACAAAAGACCAUCCUGAAGACGAGUUUCGGCUGUUGUUACAAGAACUUCUCUUGAAAUCAAGGGAUUGUGGUGUGGUUUUGACCCCACAGGAAGACUUCCACCUCAGCCUGUCACAAACAGUGGUGCUGAAACACCACUGGAUCCAGCCCUUCACACAGAGUCUCAGGGCUGGCCUUGUGCAUUGCAAGAGGUUUGCUUUGUCUUCAUCAUGCAACAACAUACAGGAUCUUGGCAUUGCAGAUAUUGGGUUAAUAGCAGUAAGUUAUCUACUGAUAAUGAUUGCAAUUUACUCACUGUGUUUUCUGCUUCUCUGUUGCCAGGUUUCUUUGCUCAGUGAGAAGAUUGAAAGUUUAUUGUAAUGCUGAACGAACAAGGUGCAGCAUUUUUUUUUUUUUUUUUUUGUGGUCUAAAUGUAUGACUUGGUCACCUGCCGAAGUAGUGUUUCAAAACAAAGCCAGUGUUUUAUUGAACAGAUUCAAUGAAAGGAAGUGAGACAAUCAAAAAAGGCAAAACACCCAAACUCUAACAUUCUAACUUUAAACAGAUGUUUUUUUAAAUGAUCAAUGUAUUGAUUAAGAAUUUGUGAAAGGAAACAGUUUGCUUUAGAAGGUCUCUGGCUUAAUUUUUAAAAGAAAAGGUAGCUAUAAAAGGAGUUAGGCACUCUCUGCUAGAAUAUAUGUAGCAAACAAUUUUAACCCUUUCCUAGCUAUUUUUCUGUACGUUUGUUUGUUUGUUUUAAUUACCUGAGCAUCAAGCCGAGUUGGUCCAGCUAAUUAGAUGUGCAUCUGCCUGUCGUUUGUCAACUUCAGGACAUUUCUGGGGAUGGAAGUGGCUAAUGGGCAUCCGCAGCUGUUGGACCUUGUACAAGCAGUGGAUAGAACGAUGAUGGAAUUUAAUCUGGACACUUUCUAUAAGGUCAUUUCUCAAUCCGUUUUAACUCAGUGAAUUUUAAGCUUUUCUGAAUCAGUUUAUUUCACACUGUUAGUCUGAAUGAGUCUUUUUCUAUUGUUGAAAUGCUGCUACCAGAAUAUACACUGGGAAAGUUCUUGGUGGAUGAUUGAUUAAAAGAUAACAGGAUAGGUGUGUUUUAUCAUUAAUACAGGCCACUCCACCCGGGAGAUUUUCUAAAUACAAAGACACAUGUAGAGUAAUUAUACAAUGCAUUUUAUUGUAAGCACACUGCCUUGCACAUUGAUCUUACUGCAAAUUUAAGAUUGAGAUUCCCCUACCUAGAGUAGAAAAAAGCACAACUAUCCUAGAAAAUAGAUGUAAACUGCUCAAAGCCGUUCGUUGGGAAAUCAUGUGAGAUCUCACUGCGCCUCUACGAGACUCACUGAACUAAUGAUGUCAUUGCAAUAGUCUUUCCUAUGAACAUUGAUGUCUUUCUGAGCUUGAUUUCGAGAGAUGUAUAUAAUAAAGCAGAUACCAUUCCUAUUUUAUACAGGGAAAUAGCUCAAUAUUCAUGAAAAUUAAAGCUGUUUUUGCAUAUACAGUCUUAAUACUGAAGUAAGUGUGUCUGUUAUUAAGUGCUGUUUCAUUUAAAUGUUGAAACAGUUUUCAGUGUGAUUUACUGGGGGAGUAAUUGCCAGUCUAAGUAGUUGUAAAAAUGAUUUUACCUGAACAACAAAUGAAGAAAGCACCUCCAUAUCUCAGGUCAAUUAUGUUCCUCCUAUUCUCUUUUAAAGGAUCCAUCUUUCCAUGUGAGUUUAGCCUGGUGUGUUGGAGACAUGAGGGAACAGAUAAAGGACAGCAUUCAAGACCUGCAGGUACAAGCUAAUGAUGUUUCAGUUGAUAUUAACUUUAAACAUUGAUGCUGAUGUGUUAUUUCAGUCUCAUUUUCAGUUUUCACUUAUUUUUUAUUUUCAAUAGAAAGAUUUACUGUGAACCAAACGAUACUAAUGAAUUUCAAAAAGGACAAUGAUGUGAAAAUGUUUAUUGAUUUGACUCCAAAAGACAAAUGUUGAAAUAAUUUAUAUUCAUUAGAUGUUAGGUGAAGUACUUUUUUACAUUUUCUCAAGAUCAUUGAAGAAAAAUUAUUUAAAUGCACAAAUGUUAAACCUCUGAAAAAGGAUGUUCAGUUUAACACUCAGUAUUUCCUUGUGGCUUCUGUACCACAAACUCGAGCAUCAGUGUAGUUAGGCAUGGUGAUAAUUAGCCUGUGGUGCUGCCAAAAUGUAAUCGGAACCCAGCUUGUCUGUAUUUUUAGACAGGAGUUUUCUCAUCUUACCCAUGACAAAUAUCCUACCGAUUCUUGAUUAGGUUGAGAUCAGGUGAGUUGGCUGGUCAACUAAGCAAAAUAAUAUCAUGGUUAGAAAACCAUUUGGUAGUUUGGUAGCACCAUAGGCAGGUACUAAGUCUUCCUGGAAAAGAGAAUUGGCACCUUUAUGAAGCUUUUCAACAGCUUAAGUAUGAGGUUCUCUAAAAAUCGUCUAGUUGCUGCAUUGACAGACUUGAGGAAACACAGUGGACCAACAUCAAGUCCACUGCCAAAUCGCCAAAUCAUCACAGAAUACCAAAACUUGAAACUCGACUUUAUACUCAUUGAAUUUUUUUUACCAACGACUCUUCCCCCAGAUUGUAGGACAUUGGACGACUUGGCAACAGCCCAGUUCUUUGUCUUCUUAGCCUGGGUAAAAUGCUUUAGUCAUUAUCUGAUAUCUGCGGUUCAUAAGUGGCUUCACUUUGGAAAUGCAACAGCUGUAUCCAUUUCCUUGGACCAGAUCUCAAGUCUUCUGAGUGAAGUCUUUUAGUCUGUUGGAGAUUGUUGAGGCCUGUCUGUUAGGCCAUUGUUGAAGUUUACUAGUUCUAUGUGUUUUUUUUUUUUUCUUUUCUUUGUUGGACAUAAUUAUCAAAGAAAACUAGAAAAAUAUUUGAACAAAAUAUAUUCUCACAAAAUUUUUUCACAUUAUUCUGUUCUUUGAGAUCCAGCAGAAUACGAAUUUAAAGUAUCCUAGUAUAGCUGAUAGUUCACACUUACAUCAGAAGCCAAGUAGAUCAGCCUUUGCUUGUUGACUGUGGCUAUUUGGGUCUCAGCAGGACUCAUGCUGACAAGGUUAAAAAUGGCAAAGAUUUAAUAUUUGGGUACAAAUCAAGAUUUUCUGUAGACAAAAACGGUUUUUACUGUUAUUUAAUUAUUAUUUUUUUAAGUUGCCAUUGAAUUUGGUCUUUGACUUGUUCAGUUUUGACAUUUCAAUUUAUUUUUUUGGUUCUGCUCAUGGACGUUUUUAAACAUUUCCAUGAAAACAAAGAGACGUUUAUCAACUGUAACACAACACAUCAAACUCUUUUCUAGCUAACCUCUGUGUACAUCUCUGUUUUAUCGUGUCAGAGUCUGGUUGAUGCUCACGGAGAGGGGACAUUCCUUCUGAUUCUGGACUGUGUGGAGGUGUACUGCAAAACAGGAAACAAGACCUUUCAUUUCCCCCUCUCGCCCUCAAAUGGUAUAACCUGAAUCACCAGACUUUCAUUGUGUUUCAUUUUUACUCACACAAACCUGAGCUGAAAGUAUGACCAGCUUCUGAUGACAAAGAAGAGGCCACACCAUGAAGACUCACCAGACCCGUUAUUGCUGGCUUUAAAAUUUGACUGUCAGUCCUUAUCAUCACAUGGUCUUCUGCAGUUUUUUUUUUUUUAAGCACAAACAAUAUCAAGAAAAUCAAUGAAUAGCAAUCGUAGGACAAAUAAUGUGUUUGAGAUAUUCUACAAUAUUCAUGCACUGGUUUUGUACAAGAGAUGCACCGAUGUCCUUUCAUUUUUCUCAAACCGCACCAAUUUACAAGAAUAAGAAACAAAAAAAAAUGUUUUAUGACAUAAUGAGAAACAAUUUACUUAUGUCAGGACUUAUUCUGUGACCACAAGGCUCACAGAAAAGCAGAAAAGUCAGCAACCUAAAUUUUCUUUCACAUCUUUUCAUCCAAUCGGAAUAAUGAACAGACAAACAAUGGAGGCUUUUUGGCAAAGAACCACCAUCAGCCUUAAAGAUAGUGAGGGGUAAUGACCCUUUAAUACAGGAAAUAUAUUAUUUAACAAUAAACAUAAAAUAAAAGACUGAAUUCCAGAGGAAAGGAGGUGCUGUUGUAGUUUGGGUGUCAUGUACAUGAUUCCUAGGCAAGAACAGAAAGUAUAGAAAUAAAUUUGAUCAAUUUCAGGUCUUGAAAAGUAUGGGAAAUGAAAAAUAAAGGAUGGAAAAAUAUUUCUGUUUCCAGACUAUUACCACAGUUCUAAAACUUAAAUAGAAAAGUAGGUUUUUCCUUAAAUAAUUCUAAAACUUAGGGUGUGGAAAAGUAUGAAAAUUCUACCUGUGUAGGAACCCUGCAUGUAUUAAUUUGUAUUUGUUCAACAGGAAGCUGAGGAGAAGCCUGAGAUUCCCCACUCUUCUUAAUGGAUGCAGAAAUUAGGUGUGUUUUUGUGCUUGUUUAUUUAUUAAUGAUAACAGUCAUUGUAUUGAUUCAUUUGAUGGACUUGCCCUCAGAGACUGGUUUAUUAAAGCGAAGAAAUGAAAAGUGUGGUUGGAAUAGCUACACACAGACUGUAACACUUUGAACAGAGUGAUUCUGAAGCUUGAUGAUUAUGGUGAGCUAAUUCUUGGAGGAUGUGAUGUGUAAAAAAAUGAAAUGAAAAAUUAAAGGAAGUCACGUUUAGAUUUGACGUGCAGACAUUGGUGACGGCUAAAUUAUGUUUUCAUCCAGGAAAGAUAUUGGUGAUAUCUGCCUUGUGAAGUCUGAUGCUGACAUGUCAAAGUGCCUUAAAUGAUCUAUCUCUAGCCAGUACCAAGGUAUCAGAGAAAGUCGUAUCUCACAGUGAAGCUCCAGACAGUAGGAAUCCUUCCUUAUCUGUCAGUGAAACAUCCACGCAUGUAGCUAUUUCAGUGGAAUGCUUGGAUCUGAAACCAAACUGCAUGGCGUGGAGAGAGGGGGAGCUGCGAUUUUUUAAAUGGCUGGAAGAAUGCUUAUUGGGCGGUAGUUAUGCAGGGAAGUUGAGUCACCGGAUUUAAAAACAGGGGUAACAAUCGCAGAUUUCCAGGCCUUUGGAAAGUGACUCGAUGAAAUUGAAAGAUUAAUGAUUGAGGCAAUAGGAGUGGUGAGAGCUGAACCUAGAUCUUUGAGCAUGUUUGUGUCCAUUCCAAAAACAUCCUUUGCUUUAGAUGGUUUGAGUGAUCGAAUCAAAUCAAUAACUUUAGUCUCAGUAAUAUUUGUAAUGGUAAAGGACUGCGUUUCAGACAGUGCAGGGUAGUCCCUCCUUUUUAGUCAAGAUUUUUCUGUAUUUGCCAGACCAGAAACCUCAGUGUAUUUUAGUCAAUUUACUGCAGUUUACUGACCCCAAGUGCCAUUAUCCCAACAAAUGUUUAACCAUCAACAGUCUGUCAACCCAGCCCUAACUGCCUCUCUUUCUCAGCCUGCUCCCCAUUCUUGCUUUUAUGCCAUACUGGUACUACAAAGCCCAAUUCCUGUGAAGUUGGGAUGUUGUGUAAAACAUGAAUACAAUGAUUUGCAAAUCUUUUUUAACCUCUACAAUUAAAUUCACUACAAAGAAAAUAUUUUAUAUAUAAACUGAUUAACGUUAUUGUUUUUUUCAAAUAUUCAAUCAUUUUGAACUUGAUGCCUGCAACAUGUUUCAAAAAAGUUGGGUCAACUAAAGACAGGGAAAUUGAGGAAUACUCCAAAAAUACCAGUUUGGUACAUUUUACAGAUGAACAGUGUGAAGGAAACUUUGUAAUUCAUUGUAUCGUUAAGGAGCCAUGUGUUUUAAAGCACAGCUAAGCUCAUAUGACGUCAUAGUAAAGAUGUCUGUCCAUACAAAGGAAGUGUUAUCAGACCAGAGGUUUCACCUCCACUUCCACUUCUCUUUCACUGAAAUAUCUCCACAGAUGUUUCUUAACUGGGACUGCCCCAGUGAGGAACUGUAACUCUGACUGUGCACACACUUUCUCCUUUCUUUGCAAAGAUCAUUCUUGAAUAAAUAUAUGAAAUGACAA